UCGGGUGUUUUUGAGUGACAAACAGUCCAAACGGUGGACGAAUUCCCCCACCUCGAAUUGUUGAGAAUAAACGAAUGAAAAUCAAACCUAACCUAGAUUAAACAUCAUCUCGUUUGGAAAUAUAUAUUCCCCUCGUCGAUCAUCAAUUGGUGAGGGAAAUUUGUUUACAAUAUCAACCCCUCAGCGAAAUCAACGAGAUGGAUGAUAAACGACUGGUGGACGAUAAAGUCAUGCUGCGACAUUAAUUAUUGAGUCAGUGGAAAUCGAAUUUAUUUAUAGAAUGAGACGAACUGCUGCAGGAGAACGAGAUUUUCGGUGUGAGGUAUCCGGGAGGGAUUUAUCAUCAAGCAAUGGCACUAGACAGCAUUGGCAGAGGAAUGGACAGACUUCAGGAGAUCAGUAUGAAAAUCCAUAAGAGUCAUUUGACUUAUCUGCAGACUGACGACAGCCCCUCGAAGAUUCAGAAGCGACUCAAGCUGGAAGGAUUCAUCAAAGAGUACCUCUGCCUGGUGCCCAAUGAGAAUAAAUACGUAUUCCAAGAGACAGCCCACAUCCUCCACCGAUCAGCCUCGACUCUGAAUGAUUUCAGUGGCUACAGAGCCUGCGAGGCAUGGAGUGCAAUAUCAAUGUACGCCUCGAAUCUCUUGGCUCAGCCCUGGCGAAUGGAAUAUCGAAUGCUGCGAACCUAUUCUGGAUACUACAAGCAUGAGAUUGAAGCGAAUUUAAUUGGCGCUGAAUUAAUGUUCGAGCUGAUGGGCUAUAAGCAUACAGGCUUGGGUACACUGACCCUGGAGGGGCCCAUAGACCCAGACAGGGUAUCCUCAGUGAGUCGAGAUGCAAUCGUAGCAUUCGUCGAGUGCCAGAUUCUCAAGCAAAUCUGGGAGGCAAUCUCCAAGAACUUCAAGAUCUCGUGGCUGGAGAUCCUUGAGUUUCGUGAGAAUCAGGUAGGAACACCUGAGACUGCAAUCAGAGCACUGAGUCAUCGUUUCUACGAGAGAUUACAUCAGAAUCGAUCGAAAGCCGAAGCCUAUAGAAAUUAUCAUCAGACUAUUAUCGAUCAGGUGCCUCCAACUACUCUACCUUAUCACAUUAUUCCCAGUAAUUUUAAUGGCAUCAAGUCUGAUUACUGCUAUCCUGAAGAGAAUUACGCAUACUUUCAGUCGUACUGCGUCCCUCAGGCUCCCAGCAGAUUUUACGGAGCCCUUCCUGAACCGUACUGCAAUCCCAUUUAUGCUGCACGUGUUCCCACCGACAGAUUGAUUGAGAUUGAUCUACCAGUUCCAGUCUCCAAUACCGAUAAAUCGAGUCAUCGUAAGUCGUAUCGAGAGGAUCAAAUUGAUCACUCGAUAGCCAGGCGAAAUCCUGAAGACGAUUACUCGAGGAUCGAGCGAAGGCCAAUGAAGACCUCGACGAGUCUCGAUUCAGCACCCAACGAGUCCUGGGACUAUGUCUUCAGAUCUCUGGAUAAUGUGGGAUACUCCAAGGACAUCGGGGAUAGAGAGGAUAUUCUGAAAAAGCGAGAGAAGAUAAAGAAAGAUAAACACUCGAGUCUCGAGACCGAGGACAAAUCCCUGAGGGACAAGAAGAGGUUCUCCAAGGGAUUCAGUGAGGACAGCUGUUUCAGGAAAAAGGGAAGUGUUGAAUUGCUGGAUAUCAGGGAUAAUCUGGGACUCGGUGAGGAGAGGAGUAGCAUUCAGGAGAAGGUGAGGAAAUUCAGUCAGGGACAACCCAAAAAUUAUCAGAGGGUUGUCGAGUCUGUGAAAAAUCUCACUAUUGGCAAGGAGGAGAGAAAGGGUAAGGAGAAUAAAUGGGACUGCUCUACCUGCACUUUUUUGAAUCCUGGGGACAGGGAUAUCUGUGAGAUGUGCAAUAAGAGUAGAAAAAAGGGAAAUGAGGACAAACCACUGGCCAGUGGGGGAAAGGAGUGCCCUAUAUGCACUCUUGUCAAUGAAAAGGAUGCGGACAAGUGUGAGGCGUGUCGCACAAGCCUCAAGGAUUCACCAACUUAUAUUUAGUUGAGGGCAACUCUGGAGUGAGGAGAUUAUAGUAUUUUUCGGGGAUGGGGACGUUAUUCGAGAGAAUUCUCUUGAUUAUUCGUGGCCUAGGAGUAACUGUGUUCGAUAUUAAUAUCAAUUUCAAGGGAAAACACAGUAUUUUGAAGUUUUAUGGGGACGUGGUCACCACUGAAUACUUAAUCAUCGAAUAAAUUCGUGUUUUCGUGAGUUUUUUAAAUUCGAAUUGAGAUAUUUAGUGUCACCACUCUGCCACUUAAAUCACUUGGUAUUAUUGAUUGCCUAAUUGUUUAAUAUUUAGCAAAUUUAGACAAUCUUAAAAAUCUAUUUCAUCUAUACGCGAUUGUUCAAUGGCUAUCAGAGAAAAUUCAUUAUUAAAGGUGUUAUGAAUGAAAAUUCCGAAUUGGAUGGUGGGGUAAUUAUAUUGUUGAUGAGGCACUCCAGUGAAUCAAGUCAUUUGUAAUUUGUCUAAUGACAUUUUUCCCUGUUGGCGGGGAAUUCUGGAAGAAUUUCUGCUGGGGCUGGGGAUAAUCUUGGAGCUUAUAAGUUAUGAUAUACGUCUGUUGGAUAUAAACGUAAAUAUUACUGAAAUUGACCACAGGAAUUAGUGCCCUCACAUUCCUCGUUUCUUCUUCAUUAAAUGUUUCUUUUCUUAUUUAUGAUUUCUCCUGUGCAAUAUUACUUUAAUAUUUAAUGUGUUGAUUUAGAAAAACACGGGAAUAGUAUUAGAUCGCUACUUUUUCCAUUAACCCGUCGUAAAUAGAACUCUAGUUGUUCGAUUUUUGUUUGAUACAAAAUGGUUUUUGUUUUAUUGAAUACAAUUAGAAAAAGAGUCUCCCAUAGUCGAUAAGGGAGUAGUUGAGUGGCACAAAUGUAAUAUUGAAUUUAUCUUUUAACGAUGUGCGACUCAUUGAGAAAUAAUAUUUAUUCACGAUUUUUUAGCGCUCGAGUUGAAUGAACGGAAACAUAAGGUCGGGGGAUGGAGUUUUAUUAUUUAAUUCAUUUACUUCGGGCGCUGAAUUUAGGAAAUGAUAAUUCGCACCUUGAAAUGUCUAGGUAAAUGACGAGAAUAUUGGAUUAAUGCGUACUAUGAUAUUUACAUUAGUUGAGGCUUCAUUGAGCUAUAAAAGAAUAUUUAAAUCAAUCGUUUCGAAGAUUAUAACACAUAAACGAACUAAGAAUGUUGAUAUUUUUCCAAUUUACGUGUAGACUCCAUUUGUGUAAGAAUAUAUUAGGAAGAAAUGUAAGAGGCUGUUGUAAAGAGAAUUAAUAAAUUUGUAUGAAGACGAA